GGGGCUGUGUGUGUGAGUGUGAAUGUGAGUGUGGGGACAAUGCGAGAGGCUCUGCCCUACGUUGGGUUUCUCAUGGCUUCUGUCGCAGUCACCUUCCUCAUUGUGGCCACGUGGACUGACUGCUGGAUGGUCAACUCGGAUGACAGCCUGGAGGUCAGCCAGAAAUGCCGGGGCCUGUGGUGGGAAUGUGUGACCAGCACUACUGACGGCAUUCGCACGUGUGACAACCACGAUUCCAUCCUGGCUGAGCACCCGUUGAAGCUGGUGCUGACCCGGGCUGUGAUGAUCAUUGCCGACAUCCUCGCUGGCAUCGCCUUCCUCAUCCUCAUCCUCGGCCUGGAUUGUAUCAAACUUCUCCCUGACCAGCUACCCGGCAAAGCCAGGGUCUGCUUCCUCGCUGGAGUCCUCCUGCUGCUGGCAGGAGUGCCUGGGCUGGUGGGCUCGCUGUGGUACGCGGUGGAUGUGUAUGUGGAGCGCUCCACGCUGCUGGCACAGGACGUGUUUCUGGGUGUGCAGUACGAGUGGGGUUGGUCGUGCUGGCUGGGCAUGGCGGGUGCCCUGGCCUGUCUGCUCGCGGGCAGCCUCCUCACCUGCUGCCUGCACCUCCUGACAGUCAGCGCCCGCCCACCUGAGCCCCGCCUCCUCACAGUCUCGGGCGCUGAGAGGACAUCAUCGCCGCAGCAACAGGCAGAGCGGACGGUGACGGCCAAGAUGUACGCCUUCGACUCCCGCGUGUGAGCAACCCAGCCCGGCCAGCUCAGCCCAGCC